UAUCAGCCCGACCACAACCAUCAGGAACUAACUGACCAACUUCCAAGGUACGCAAUAUCCCGAACGUUGACGCAUAGCUUUGACCACUCAACAAUAGUCUCCCUCGAUAACCGAAUGAAGGGCGACAAUAGCAUGGUUGGAAUCUUGACGUCGGAGUCAAGAACAACAUCAUGAUGUCUCACAUCGCAUCCCCAAAAGGCAAGCCCACCAUCACACCCAUAAGGAUCCAUACUACCGGUACACACUUCAUUGGAUUCAUAGGGGGUUUUCGCCAAUGGCCACACUACAAGGCUGUGGACAAUAGGAUAAGCUUUGGUCCACCACAAAUUGACCACAACUGGCUUCUUUAAGACGUCGUGGGUCUGCCGCUACUUUUACGAUUAAGCAUCUGCGUUCUUCUUGACUUCGAAUUUGUUCCUUCCCCCCGAACUUCAUUACCAUUCCAAACGCUGAAGAGUAUACUUUGCAGUCAUGUCUAUUGAUGCUGAAAAUCACAACCAAACACAAGCCCGCGCAACUUCCCCCACCUCAGACUCGAAGGGCAAAGGCAAGGAGAAGGAGGUCGAUCCUUCUGUCCACGAGGACGCGUCCGACGCCGAAGAAUCUGGGGAUGAUGUAUUGGGCGAGUACCCUCUAGAACGAUUCCCUUCUCCACCGAGCGACGGAUUGUUGCACGAACGUCAAGCUGGAAAACCUGAUGCUGCGCCUUCCACUAUCCCAAAUGCUGCUUCUUCAUUCAAUCUGCCCCUCGAUCCUCCUCUCAUGAAGUUUACAUACCCCCCUCCCCUCCCCUAUCCGAUGAUCCCACCUGGUUUGCCCAGAUGGUCGCCGAUGUCCAUCCUUGAGUUUGCACGCAACGAGGCCGCUACCGCCCUGGCCGACGCUACUCUUGCACAGGUCGAGCUCAAAGCGGAGAAUGACCAGAUGCAAAACUUCCUGAACCGCGUGGCAUCUGUUGCUGGAAAGAAUGUCGUGCGUAAGCUGAUCAGGAGCGUCAAGUGGGAGAUGGAGCAUGGCGACGAUAACGCAGACGACGAGGGUCAAGAGGACCAGCAAGAUGCGGAUGAUGAGGAUUCCAGUAGCGACGACCAAGAGCACCAAGUAGAUCAACAAGACGCAGAAGAUGAAAAUUCGAGCGGUAGUUCCAGUGAGAAUGAAGAGGACUCGCAGGACGCGGAAGAUGAGGAUUCGCAAGACGCAGAGGAUGAGAACCCGCAAGACGCGGGAUAUUACGAAUUUAGUCGCAGCGACGACGGCCAAUCUCGCGAAUGGUCCGAGUCUUCACCCGCAAAUGUUAGGCGGGAAGCGCCAAACAGCCCCGACUGGCCUUUAAGUUACAUGCGUUCUUCGCACCAUGAGUACUCCGGCAGCGACGAUGACGCCAAAUCUCCGGGAACGUCACCUGUGAAUGGCAGCCGCAAACGACGCCUCGAAAACGAAGACGAAGAGGCCAGCAGCCCCGACGACUCUCCCCGAAAGAAAUUCAAGGGGGCUGUCACCCACUUAAAUCCUGCAUCACCGCAACGCAGUGAAGGCGGCGGGGUUCUCGAAGUUGUUGCGCCUGCCUACGUCUGGGCACCGAAAGACGACGUGAUUGAUCCGGAGCCUAACUCAGAUGAAGAAGAGUACGAGGUGGAGAAUUCGCUUACUUUAGAGCUUGAGCCGUCCUUACAGUCAUCACCAAGACCAUCCGUACGUCACUUACGCGAUAUCGGUAGGGACCCGUACAGGCUGCGCCAGAAUGCGUGGGGUAAACCCGAGCUGUACAUUCCCAACCGGUGCUGA